AUGUAUUUCACAUGUAUUAUUCUAUUCUAUCGCCUGAUUGAGAGUCCGCAUCUUGGCUUGACAUCUCUCAAGGUCUCUAUGGUUGCUGCAUCCUGCACACUGCAACUUCUGAAGGAGAUUUACUACCGAAAUGAGAUUCCCCGUCUUCUCCCAAUCAACAAUUGGUAUUGCAUGGUAGCUGGGGUUCCUCUGGUUCAUGCCAUGGUUAAGCUGCCGGAGAAUGCGGCUCUGCACCAUGAAGAGUUGGACAUGCUGCGCCUCAUUCUUCACGAGAUGACACAUACAUCGCCAAGCACUCAACUCAUUAUCAAUAACAUUGAUCGUCUUCAUCGGUCCGUUUUAUCAACACCCGACGACGAGCUUAUCUCAAGACCCUCUCUCGGGUCAAACAACUUGGCAUCUUCCGAGACUCGUGAUCCAAUUUUCUGGGCUCAGUUUCGACCAGUAGAGCCGCUACAGUUAUUCCCAUUUCCUCCUGAAAUGAGCCCCAGGAUGAAUCUUCUCCAAUCACUUGCUCAAGAUUGCAAAUAUUCUGAUGUUAUCACCGUUGAAGCAGAAUCAUUGCAAGGGGAAGAGCAGGAAACAAGAGACGGAACCCCACAAUUUUCUUUCAACUUUGAUUUUGGGAACAUACAGGUGGAUGAAUUUUUGUUCGAAGUACCUGAAGCCGAUAUUUUGCCAUUUGGUCCUAGUGUAUUAUCUUAA